AUGAAGUACAUUCUGCUACUCGGAUGGGCAGCUCUGGUGCUCGCUGAUGAAUGCACACAGGUACUCGAUGCAAUCGAUGCUUAUCGCAAAGAUAAAGGCCUUUCUCACUUGAAUAGAUCCCGGCAACUAACUCUAACAGCUCGUGACCGAGUAGAGGCUAUGCUAGCGGCAGGUGACCUUUUUAAUUCCACUAGUGACGUUCAGAGCCUAGCUAAGAAGAAUGGGUACUUAGCAGCUAGUUUGGGUGAAAACAUUGGUAUGAGUGAUAAUCAAAGGGGUAGUGGCUUAGAUAUUUUCCAAGAAUGGGCCAAUUCAGCCGUGCAUAGAGCAAAUCUUAAUGACUCUUCUGAUUAUAAUGAAAUAGGAGCAUAUAAACUCAAUGGUGAAAAGAACCUUUAUGUUUCGGUUGUAUUUGGCCGGGCGAUAAAAGAGCCCAAUUUAGCUUAUUCUAGUCCAUAUUCUAGUCCUUAUUCUAGUCUUUCUAAUGGGGCAGUCAAGAACCCACAAUUACUUAUUAGUAGUACGCGCAGUCCAACCGCUAGUUCAGCUAAUCCACCCCCUAAAGUAGUUGAUAUGCCCACUCCAUUAUCACCAGCCAAUUAUCCCAAUAAUCGACCAAUCUCUGUCCCUCUACUAGCACCUACACCCGCACCCGCCCCUACACCGCCGCCUAAGCAACCAGCUACUCCUCCUACACCUCCUACACCUCCCAGAAAUAACUCACCCACUCCACCAACACCAGCUAUUAUUCCCCCCAUUAUUCAACCUAUGCCCUAUGCCAAUCCACCUCUAGCCCCCGCCCCAACACCGACUCAACCCAUGCCAUCCCAAUCUACGGUUCUCGUUACGGUCCCUCCUAAUCUUGAUCAAGAACAUUCCAUUGUGAAACUCAUUCUGGUCAGCGGCGCCCUCCACUCCCCCUCGUAA